ACUGAUCACUUAUGUUUCCAAUUAUACUAUGCACUAUUUUUGUCUUUCUCAUUCGCUCUCUAUAUAUAUAUUAGAAAGUGUAAUCUACACAAUUUCUCAAAUUACAUAAACUCAUCAUCUUCUCUACAGAAAAUAUGGCACAUUCUCCUAAUUCUUAUGUUGCAUUAGCAUUGAUCUUCCUUCUUAUAGGGACCUCUUCAGCUCAACUUUCUGAGAACUUUUAUUCUAACAAAUGUCCCAAAGUUUUUGACACGGUUAAAUCUGUUGUUAGAUCAGCUGUGGCUAAAGAACGUCGAAUCGGUGCAUCUCUCCUUCGCCUCUUCUUCCACGACUGCUUUGUUGAUGGUUGUGAUGGGUCAAUACUACUUGAUGACACUUCAUCCUUCAAAGGAGAGAAAACUGCAGCUCCUAACAACAAUUCAGUGAGAGGUUAUGAACUAAUUGAUGCUAUAAAAUCUAAGGUCGAAGCAAUAUGCCCUGGUGUGGUCUCAUGUGCUGAUAUUGUGGCCAUUACUGCUCGUGACUCUGUUCUCAUUCUUGGAGGGCCAUUUUGGAAUGUAAAAGUUGGAAGAAGAGAUUCAAGGACAGCUAAUUUCACUGCAGCAAACACUGGUGUUAUUCCACCUCCUACAUCUAACCUAACUAACCUUAUCUCAACUUUUCAAGCUCAAGGACUUUCUGCCAAGGACAUGGUUGCUUUAUCUGGGGCACACACAAUAGGGAAAUCAAGAUGUACAAGUUUCAGAAACCACAUAUACAAUGACAGCAACAUUGACAAUACAUUUGCUAAGAUAAGGCAAAAUAAUUGUCCAAAGAAAAGUGGCUUAGGAGACAAUAAUCUAGCAAAUCUAGAUUUUAGAACUCCAACUUAUUUUGACAAUAAUUACUACAAGAAUCUCAUUAUAAAAAGAGGAUUACUUCAUUCUGAUCAAGUACUCUUCAAUGGUGGAUCCACUGAUUCAAUUGUUAAAACUUAUAGUCAGAAUGAUAAAGCCUUUGAUUCUGAUUUUGUUGCUGCAAUGAUUAAGAUGGGAAAUAAUAAGCCUUUAAUUGGGAAACAAGGAGAGAUUAGGAAGAAUUGCAGGAGAUUCAAUUAGAAGAGAUAAGUGAUUUUAUAUGUUGCAAAAAUUAUGUGUUGUUUGUUCGGUUCAAUUUAAAGGUGGUGCUAUAUAUAUAUAUAUAUAUAUAUAUAUAUAUAUAUAUAUAUAUAGUCCUGUUAUUGUAUUAAAUAAAUUAUCAUAAGAAGAGGGGUUGAUGUAUUAUGUAUAUGUAUCAAGUAUAAGACACCUUAAUUGGUUUGCAUUUGCAGAAUUGCAACUACACUUAAAAAGUUUGAUUAGUGUAAUUAAAUUAAAGACACUAUAAAAUGUUCUUAAAAAUGAAAUAAAAUUGUCCCUGGGAGUCACCGUGACUCGUGUCACGGGGCCACGGCCGUGGCAGCUCCAGACCCCUCCAAAACCAUAAAUUUAACCCUCUUUUAAGCCUAAAACAACUCAAAACACCUAAGCCAAACCACAUAAACCUCCAAAAAUUUACAAAAAACAAACAUUGACCCUCAUCCAUCUACUAACUCUAAACCUCAUUUAAAAGCACAUGCGCACGGCACAGAAUAUCUUGCGCAAGGCAUACCAGCAGAAGUCAGGUCUUCAAUUUCCCUUCAUUUAUGUGCAAGACGUGGCCAGGUUGCGCAGGCACAACAGACAGGAGCUUGUACCAUCAAAAUCUUGAUUCUUUGCUUCAUCUCUCAACACCAAAACUUCUAUAAUGAUCAUGUCUCAAGAGAAUCACUUGAUAUAUACUGUAAAAAACAUAAUACUACUAAAGAGUUGUUCAAAUUAUAAUUACUAUUUGAAGGGCACAUGUUAACUUGACCCUAAAGCUUGCUUAUAAGUCAAGUUAUUAGUACUCUCUUACUACAUUUUCUAUGUUUUAUCUUUUGUAGGUUCAAAUACAUGAAUAAAAGGAAUUGUGUACUUUUAAGGCCCAUUAUGAUGACUUAUUGGCUAAGGUAUUUCAUGAAAACAAUGGGAGAGCAUUCUUAAUGAAGUGCUAGUGGAAAUUCAUUGCAUGUGUUAAAUUUAUGGUAUAUGACAAAAGGAACUGUUACUAAAGGAUUAAAAAUGUGAAGAGACAAAGUUUCAGCAUCCUGAGACCUGACCACGGUCGUGCCUGGCUAGUCAUGGUUGUGCCAGACAAAUCGGAAAUCCAAGACACGCCCUGAAGCGCGCUCCCCACGGCCGUGCUGAAGCCAAAAAUCAGUUUUGGCUCUUUCUUUAUAAAUUCGUCAAGCUUGCAUUGUAUCAAAUUCCUAUAUUUCCAUAAAAUUGUUCUUAGUGAUUUUUCUGUUUUUGUUCAUAGUUUAGAUUAGUUAGGUUGUUGCUCAUGAUGUCUAAGUGUGAGUUGUUCACCAACACCUUAAAGUUAUCGAGAGUAGUCCAUAGCAAGUAUACCAUAUGUUUGUAGAUGUUCUUAUAAUCUUAUUGCUUAUCUUAGGGCAUCGAUGAAGUUACCAGAUCGGAGAAGUUGGUGCCAUGAUUCCCUACAACUAUGGCCAGCGUAUUACGCUUAUCGUUGUGUUGCAGUGACGGAAUCCGUAUCAAAUACCUGUUGUGAGAGGGACAUUGGAGUCACAUCUAUAUCUUGCUUUAAAAAGGGUUUUCACAUGACAAAUGUAUGUUUGAAAGGGGUUGGGAUUUUGUGCUUGUGAUGAAAUUCAUGAUCUUGGGUGAUUUAUAUUUUGCUUGAUCAAAUCUUCGUAAAACUAAAACAUAUUUCCAAAUAUUCUCUAAAUUUCUAAUAUAUAUUUCUCUAAUCUUGUUAUUUCCUUUAAGUAAAGUU